AUGGAACAAAUACUUCCGCAGCAGCCUUCGACGAUUAUACUCCCCUGCACAUGCGCAUCAUCGCCCUUUGACCACCCAAAAGCUGACAUUAUCCUGCGGUCCUCAGAUAGGGUCAAUUUCCGUGUCUUCAAGCUUUUCCUCGCCCUCGCCUCCCCGCUCUUCGAGACUAUGUUUGAACUUCCCCAACCAGCAGUUGAGACGAAUGACAAUACGAAGGAUGGUCUCCCUGUCAUUUCCAUGCAGGAAAAUAGAAAAACACUAGACACUUUCCUCAGAUUCUGCUACCCCUCCACACUGGCAGAAGAUCCCUCGCUUGAGAGCCUGACAGACAUCAAAGCUAUUCUCGGGGUUGCGAGGAAGUAUUCGCUGGACCUGAUAGAGAAAAGGGUCUGUCAGGCUCUAGCUAAUCCCAAGGUCCUCGAGGCAGAGCCUCUUCGCUGCUUCGCAAUCGCCCGUAACGCACGGCUCAAGCAUGAAACUAUCACUGCUGCCAGAUACACCCUACGACAGCCCUUGAUCCCCGCAUGGUUCCCAGAGAUCGAAAUGAUCACCUCGUCUGACCUUCUCACUUUGCUCACGUACCACAAGAAGUGUAGCAUCGCAGUAGCAUCAUUGUCGCUCAACUUGGAUUGGGUAAAGAACCAUUAUGGCAAUUUAAAUGGCGGUGAUUGGUCAGGACCUGACUGCAAAUGCGCACGAAAAUCCCAACUCACUGGCACCAUAUUUGGGCCACACACUCCGCUUCCUUCAAAGACUACCUACAUGAAGGAAAUAUUUGACUUAUUGAAGGACACUCCUUCUGGCGCGAUCGUGAAAUUGGAGGCAGGAAAGACGAUACAGAAAGUCAGGAGUGAGGGCUGUGAUACUUGCUCUGCUAGGGUUAAGACGUGCAUGGACGAGUUUAGCGACUUGCUCGCCCUCAACGUCGACAAGGCAACGGCUUCGAUUAACCUAGAUAUUGACCGUGACUUCAGACUGCCAGUGUUGCCUGUCAUGGGUACCGGCAACCGCGCGCCCACAAAACCAACUCAACCUUUUACGUUCAAGUAG